CGUGCCGAAACCACAACCUGCUCUUGCGGCGAGUGGUGAUAGCUGCAACUCCCUCCCAAGAGAAACUCCUCGGAGAUGUGCUCGUGUUUUAUUCCACUGCAUCUUCCCUCCACCGGCGUGGAAUUUUUUAUGACGACAAAAGUGUAGGACUAAUACUUCACACUGUUGGUUGAGUCGAGACAAAAUGGUACAUGUUCUGAUGAGAAUGUUUCGGUGUUUCGUUGAGUGAUUGAUCCAAAGAAAGAGUGAAACAUACCACCUCAUCAUGUACAGCUUACCUCCAAAACGAAAAGCAGAUAUGGAAUGGGUCCUGUUAGGAUUAUGCUUCUGGUCAUUACUGCUGCUGGUCAGCAGUCAAUGCCCAUGGUCGCGUGAAUUGGUCGACCUACAUACGGACUGUGUUUGCGCCUACAGCAACAGCCAGCGACUAUCAAUUCAGUGCAGUCCAGUUAACUUCACAAAGCUAGUACAAACCUUAAAGUCAUCUGUCAAGAACAUUCCCAUAGACCUUCUAUACAUUAGCAACAGCACCAUCGAAAUCCUUCAGAAUGGAAUCUUCGACGAUCUUAAAAUUCAAAGCUUGCACCUGUCCAAAAGCAAAAUUAGAGACGUAGAAGUCGAAGCUUUCAGAGGGCUAGAAGAAAGCUUGAGUAGCCUAAAUCUGCAGGAUAAUCUCAUCAGGGAGGUUCCCACUGAAGCUAUGGGAAACCUGACGUCGCUUCAGUUCCUGGACUUGUCCCACAACUUGAUACGAGAUGUGCCCAACGAUGCAUUCAAAGGCUUACCACUGACGACGCUAAAACUCUCUGAUAAUCGCCUGAAUAUAUCCGACUUUGCCUUCCGCGGGCUGGAAGGAACAGUUAAGAACUUGAACCUGCAGGCCUGUGAAUUGACGGCAAUGCCAAAAGCCAUCCAGAGGCUGAAAGUGUUGGCAUUUCUCGAUCUCGCACAGAAUAAGAUCGAGGCACUAGAACCCGAGUUCUUGUCUGAAAUGCAGUCGCUAACGGCGAUUAACUUGGAGAGGAACAAGAUAAAGGACGUCGACGAAAAAGCUUUUAUGGGGGUGAAUGCCACUUUGAGUACAGUGUCCCUCUUGAACAAUAUGCUCAGUGAAUACCCAAUGAAAGCAAUCGAGAUGCUGUCGGAAAUAAGAGUUUUGGAUCUGGGCUUCAACGGAAUAACAAUACUCCCACACGAUGCUUUCAAAAGAAAUAAAUAUUUGACACUGUUGGCUCUGGAUGGUAAUCCUCUACCCACCAUACCAGUUCAAGCUUUUCUGCAUCUCAACUCUACAUUAAGAGGACUUAGCUUAGGAGGUUCGGCGCUGCAAUGCGAUUGCCGCAUCCGCUGGAUUGCGGAAUGGGUGCAGGCCCGUGACUUGCAAGUUACCAGCCGAGAACGCAAUCCUCAAUUCUGCGGAAGCCCAGAACACCUCAGGAAACGGAAUUUCUUCCAGUUGCUCCCAUCGGAUAUGAUAUGCGAUAAUGAGACACAACGCCACCCGACUAAGAGACCUAAGAGACUAAAUGUCGGAUUCGAAGAUGGGUCAAAUAACGUCAAAGAUACAGCAGAUAACAUUGUACAAAUUGUAACCUUGGACACACAUGUCGAUAUAACAGGUACAACAAAAGCUGAUACCAAAGCUGACACGACGCCAAUCGAAGAUCUUCCGGUGCGCAGUGGAACAUCCAGUGUUAGAAAAAAGGAAAACAAAUCUAUCCGUAUCAAGCACGCUUAUAAAAGGGAUUCAACGCUAGUUCUGGAAUGGGAAUCCACAACAGAACCGAUCUUGGGCUAUCAGGUUUUAAUCCGUAUGUUCGGCAGUCGCGAUUUAAAAAGAAUUGUGCCUGUUCCAAGCGAGAGGCGCCAACUACAACUCGAGCAUUUGCCACUCAGUCAGUGUCUUGUGGUGUGUGUCAUUGACUACGAAGAACCUUCCACCAUCAAAGUUGACAGCAUACCUUCUAGACAAUGCAGAGAACUGAAAGGUGAUGACAGCAGGAUACUGUCACUAGACAAAAUCGUGAUAGCUGCAUCAGCUGUCAUCUGUGUCGUGGUCAUUAUCGGAGCACUAGUGAUUAUCCUUUUUUACUUUCGACGGCGAGAUAUUCUGGCCACACCUUCAUCAUCCAUGCAUCGACACUCGGACGCUCCAGCAGUUUUGCCAGCUCUUGUGAAACAGCCACCACCUGAAACAGAUUGGGAAACACUGUCUUGGAACAGCGGGCGCAGCACGCCCAAAACUAAUGUGCAUAACUGCCUCAUGAGCAAAUCAGGAAGCACCAGCCAUAGCUUCGUACUGAAUGACGGACAACUCCAAGACUCACAUAAAGGAAGCAGAGUAAUACCUAACGGCUUCUCGAAAUCUUAUUCUACCCAUGAUAACGAGUCGAGAUUGUCGUAUUCUCACAUAUCAGCUAAGAUCUCACAAAACAAUCUGGACAUUCAAAGAUCCAAAUCCUUGACAAGACCCCAUGGCUACCAACCUUACAGCGGUGGCCAUACAAAGAGAAAGAAGCACAGACAAAACGGCCGUUUGGCAUCUGCUAGUUCUUCAACGGAAUGCGAAUCAGACUGGAAUAGUAGAUCUAUAUGGAAAGACAACGAUGUAGACAUUUACAUCAGCCAAAACCAUAUGGUGCCAGGCAGCCGCAAGUACAGGAAGGAUUACAGCAUAAGAUGAACAACAUAAGCCAAUCUUCCCACCAACAAACUCCGCGCAUUAAAAAAAAAAAGUUUGUGAAAACUUUACUAUAAGUUCGUCUAGGAGAAUACAAUAAGUGAUAACAGCUAUGCUGGUUCGUAGACCAAAAUACAAGAACGAUCUUAAAAUGAAGGCUAUAAUUUCAGUAACUAAGAAUAUUACAGAUGGUAAAAACUAACAAAAUUAUACUUAUCAUAUGCGUGCAGAUAUACUACACAUUAAAAAAAAAAAAAAAAAAAAA